AUGGAUCGCUCAGACGAGUUCGCGCGCCUAUGCAGGAAGCGCGACAAAGGCGUGGCCCUCACGCGCAGGGAAAUCAAGUGCAAGGACGAGUUCCUCAUCCAGAGCAGCAAAAUUUAUACCAACCUGCUUGCCAACUGCGACUACGUAGAUAACAACACGUUGCGGCAGUACAACCUCACAGUCCCCCGAAGCAUUCACGUGAAGGAGAAAAAGACCAGAGUCAAAAGUAAGGGCAAUUUACUCUACGCUGUUAACAAAAUAUCAGAAGACAUUGACCUUUUAAAAUUGAAGACCAAGACGGAAACGCACAAGCAAGUGUUGCUCUGCCUGAACAAUCUGCUUGGCAUUUUCAUAGACAUUAUUAAUAAGUAUGAGCAUAACUUAAGUAGCUACCAUUUGAAGCUGAGUCAGUACACGAACUUCUGCUUCUACGAUGUGAAGGGCAUCAAGUGCAACGUUGAUUACCUGAAUAGGCUGAACCGUUAUAUAUACGCCACCGGUUCGUGUGAUGGCCAUUUUAGAAAACCGGGUGCACUUUUAGGCCCAACGAAUGGAGGAGGCGCCUCCCAACAUGAUGUGGCCCACACAAGCUAUCACCACUUCGGUAGCUCCAUCAAGAGCUACAGCACUGGGGAGUUCCCAAAAGGGGAAAACCCUCUCGGCCAUCAAGCAGAAAAGGAGAAACGUGAGAAGUACCUUUUAGAGGAGGGGUCCAAGCAACAGACCAUGCCGAAGGAAGACCCUAUGAAAAACGCCCCUCUGAGAAAGCGACGGGACAAGAGAGUCCAAUUCGACACGUACAACUACGUAGAAGAGGAGGAGGCGGAAAAGGGGAAGGGGGAAUUCUUCCCCCCCCAGAGCAGCAGUGAUAACUACCUGCUGGGCAGCAACCAACAGCUGGAAUUCAAAAAAUACGUGGACCUCUUUGAGAAGGAAGAAAACACCUACAUCAUGGAAACGAAGAACAAAAUCGCCAAAAUAAGCAAAUUAAUGAACAUUUUUGUUACAAAGAUUUAUGAGCAGAAUGAGAACCUGAGCAUGAUAGAGCACGUGGUGGAGGAGAGCAUAGAGAACGUGGCCCAAGGGAAUACCUACCUCAGCAAAAUGCAAAACAAGAAGAGCAUGAACUCGCUCAUCUUCUUCGUCCUCGUGUGCACCUCCCUCUUCCUGCUCAUCUUCGAUAUGUUCCGAUAGCGGGGGAGCGGUGAAGUAGCGAAGCGGUGAAAUGGUGAAGCGGUGAAGUGGUGAAGCGGCGGAGCGGCGAGGAAGAAUUGGCCUUGAAGUUGCCCCAAACCGCUACGAAGCUGCGUUGAAUACCAACCCGUUGCUGCCACCCCGAGCGGAGCCACUCUAUCGCUUGCACCCCACAAAUAAUUUUCUUUCUUUUCUUUCUUUUCUUUUUUUUUUUCGUCCGUUAAUAAGCAGCAAAAUGGGAACGUUUUUUUAAUCCCCCAUGUAAGGUGCACAUAUGUAGCCCUAUCAACGUGCACCUUCCUUUAUGCCCCUAUUCGUCCUCUCUCCUGAUGCAGAGAAAAAGGAAACGAUUCCCCCUCCUGACCCCCCAGCGGGGGUGAGGAGAGCACCUUCUUUGACUUUUGAAAAGCUAAGUUUAGUUUAAAAAAAAAUUACAAAAC